AAUUUAUUUAAACUGUACGCUGUACUGAGUUAUUGUUUGUAUAAGUCCCUGGAUGAAAGCGUGAUGUUUCCAUAGUUCCUUCUAGCUUAAACAAAACUGAUAUAGUACUCGGACAGAAAUCAUACAGGGCCACAAUUAAAAUAUUGUUGGUUUGCCCUUUACCGACCCUAGAUUUUACAGGUGGGGAGGGCAUUAUAAAUAGUUGGAUGCCUACCCGUGGUUGCUGGAAGAUGCUGUUUAAGCUGGGUUUGACUGUAAUCAUUCUUGUGGCCAUUUAUAUGUUCUAUGCCAUUGACACAGAGCUGAAAUCUACUAAGGUUACAGAGGGUUUCUCCAACUUGAAUAAUGCUGGCCAAGACACAAAAUAUGCAGCUGAUGUAGUAGAUGAACUGAAGACAGAAAUUAAAACAGAGAAUGAAAAAUCAAGUGUGCCACCCCGUGAGAGUAUCCACCUGGCGGUGGUGGCGUGUGGAGACCGGGCGGAGGAGACUCUGGUGAUGCUCAAGUCUGCAGUGCUCUUCACUUACAUCCCCCUGACAUUCCACAUUUUUACAGAGACCAGUCUUAUGGUUCACUUCCAGCAACAGCUGGACUUUUGGCCACCAAAGUACAGACAAAGAAUUGAGUUUGCACUGUAUAACAUCACAUUCCCGGAGCAUGAUGGCGUCAAGGCAGAAGAGUGGCAGAAACUGUUUAAACCUUGUGCUUGCCAGAGACUUUUCAUUUCAGACAUUUUGCACCACAUUGACUCCCUUAUAUACGUCGAUACAGAUGUCCUUUUCUUGGGCCCAAUAGAAGACAUUUGGGCCCUGUUCAAGAGCUUCAAUUCAAGCCACAUGUCAGCUUUGGCAAUAGAGCAUGAGGACAAGGCUAUUGGCUGGUACAACCGGUUUGCACGGCACCCUUACUAUGGGGAAGUGGGUGUAAACAGUGGAGUGAUGUUAAUGAACCUGACACGUAUGAGAGCAUCACCGUGGUUACAGAAAAUGAAUGCCUUCUACAAGGAGUACAAGCUGAAGAUAACAUUUGGGGACCAGGAUCUUAUCAAUAUAUAUUUCCAUUACCAUCCAGAUCAGCUGUAUAUAUUCUCCUGCGAGAUCAAUUAUCGGCCUGACCACUGCAUGUACAUGAGUGUGUGCAAGCCUGCGGAGAAGGUAGGGGCCGUAAUUCUGCAUGGCUGUCGAAGGGUCUGGUUUGAGGACAAGCAGCCAGCCUUCAAGGCUGUGUACCAGGCAUUUAAGGAACAUUAUCUAGGUGGCAGCCUGAGGUAUGAUCUCUUAGCAUCCAUAACAAAGAACCUGGCUGCGGCUGAGCCAUCCAACUGUGGUAAAGUGGAGGGUUUGUUCACUCGUAGAAUAGACAGCCAUCUCACUCACAUAGAUUCUCAGCAGCAGCAGCAGCAGCAGCUACCUAUGGACCAACAACAACAACAGCAGCAUAAGGAAAAUCCUAUUUCUUGACAGCGUCUGGCAAAUUUAUUUUAGUUCUUUACAGUAACAUUUACAUUAGAUUGAUAUUGCCUGAUAACAAAAUAUUUCUAUUGAUAACAAUAUAAAUCAUUACGUCGCUGUUUUAAAGUGAACGUGAUAUUUUAGUUGUAGAAUUGUUUAUUGAAGUUUAUAAUUGCUCUAUUUAAGGCAGCACUUGAUACCUUAAUUAUAUUUAUUGUUUGUUGUUAAUUUUAUAAGAUGUUUUAAUAUGGACUGCAUUAAAUGCAGUUAUGCAUGUGUCUGUCAGCUUUAAAACUCACAUUCUGAGUAUUCUAAUUAUGUGGCUUUAAAGUUUUCACCAAAAAAUAUGUGAAAGGCAUGCUGUAUAAAAUCAUAUUGUUUGUGUGUACAAUACCCUUGAUACAUGCAGAUAGUAUGUUGGGAAAAUAUUUUUCUGGCGAUGUAGCAAAAUCCUGAGAGUUAAUGCUUUAUCCAGAGGACAGAGGAACAGAAUAGACCCUUUCCCACUCAAAAGCAAAUAGAAAAUGGCUAUGUGCAAACAGCAUAAAACCAGAACAGCCUGAUAGUAACUCACAGUCUGUUCAGGUUUUAUGCUGUUUGCUUCUCAUCAGUAUCUAAGGGUUGGACAUGAAACCUUUAAAACAUGAAUAAAACAAGAAAAGUCUUGAAUUAUAUUUAACUUUCUUAGGGACCACAAAUGCGUCAUAAUACGUUUCUAAGGGCUUAAGGGUAAAAAAGUGUUUGAACUAAGAAGCCCAAUAAUUCUAUGGCAUUGAAAGAUGCUCAUCUUUUCACAGCAACAGUAUGUGUAUCAUAUUUCAACACAAUCAAAUGGUAUUGUAUUUACUUACUUUCCCAGUACUAUAACUGUUUUAUCUACCUUACAAAUGUGAACAUUUAUAAUUGGGUACACACGUAUCAUAGAUAAUAAAUGCAUUUCGAUGAGGUUCUUUAAUUGAAACAUUGAAAAUCAGAAUAAAACAAGACAAAUCAUGUAUCAAUUUUUUAUGUUUAUUUAUUAUUACACCCCCACAAACGAAGUUAAGGGGGGUAUAAAGGAGUGAGCUUGUCUGUCGGUCGGUCCGUAAUAAGUGUCUGCUCUCUAUUUCAAGUAGUUUUCAUCCGAUCUUCACCAAACUUGGUCAGAAGUUGUAUCUACAUGAUGUCUAGGCCAAGUUCGAACAUGGGCCUUGUCGGGUCAAAAACUAGGUCACGGGGUCACGUAGUGCGUUUUAAACAUUCAGCAUGUUGUCCACUCUCUAUUUCAAGUAGUUUUCAUCCGAUCUUUACCAAACUUGGUCAGAAGUUGUAUGUAGAUGAUCUUAAUGCCAAGUUCGAACAUGGGCCUUGCCGGGUCAAAAACUAGGUCACGGGGUCACUUACAGCGUUUUAAACAUUCAGCAUGUUGUCCGCUCUCUAAUUCAAGUAGUUUUCAUCCGAUCGUCACCAAACUUGGUCAGAAGUUGUAUCUAGAUGAUGUCUAGACCAAGUUCGAACAUGGGCCUUGCCGGGUCAAAAACUAGGUCACGGAGUCACUAAGUACAUUUUACACAUUGAGCAUCGUGUCUGCUCUCUAUUUCAAGUAGUUUAAAUCCGAUCCUCACCACACUGGGUCAAAAGUUGUAACUAGAUGAUAUGUAGGUCAAGUUCGAACAUGGGCCAUGCCAGGUCAAAAACUAGGUCAGGGGGUCACUUAGUGUGUUUUAAACCUCACCAUGUUGUCCGCUCUCUAAUUCAAGUAGUUUUUAUCCAAUCUUCACCAAAAUUGGUCAGAAGUUGUAUCUUUAUAAUGUCUAUAGCAAGUUUGAAUAUGGGUCAUGCUGGGUCAAAAACAACGUCACGGGGUCACUUAGGGCGUUUUUAACAUCACAAUAUUGUCCGCUCUCUAAUUAUACCCCCCUUCGAAGAAGAGGGGGUAUAUUGCUUUGCUCAUGUCGGUCUGUCGGUCGGUCUGUCCGUCCACCAGGUGGUUGUCAUACGAUAACUCAAGAACGCUUGGGCCUAGGAUCAUGAAACUUCAUAGGUACAUUGAUCAUGACUCGCAGAUGACCCCUAUUGAUUUUGAGGUCACUAUGUCAAAGUUCAAGGUCACAGUGACUCGAAAUAGUAAAGUGGUUUUUUGAAUGAUAAUUCAAGAAUGCAUAUGCUGCCAACAGGGCACACUCUGAACAAUAUUACUGAAGCAACUGGUCUGUAAUCCUAAAUCUAUAAUUAUCAGUCCAAUGAAACAUCAUCCUGUUAGUAAAAUACAGUGGAUCAGUAAAAAUAUUAUCAGAAUAUGAGGUUUUUUGUAUAUUUAGUAUAUUAAAUAUUGUGUUAAUGUUUAAUUUUGUUGAUUAAUAUAAAUAUAAGCAGGACAGGGGAGGUAAUACACUACAGGGGAAACAAAUACAAUAAGUUUAAAUUUAUUGUUACAGAUUUGCCUCCCUUGUAAUAUAUUUAAAUUUUACCAAAUGUAAGGCUAACUGCAUUUUUGUAAUGCAUACUACUACUACUACUACUACUACCACUACUACUACUACUACUGCUACUACUGCUGCUGCUGCUGCUGCUGCUGCUACUACUACUACUACUUCUUCUACUACUACUACUACUACUACUACUAUUACCACUACUACUACUUCUACUGCUACUACUACUACUACUACUACUCUACUACUACUACUACUACUACUACUACUACUACUACUACUACUACUACUACUACUACCACUACUACUACUACUACUACUACUACUACUAUUACUACUACUACUACUACUACUACUUCUACUACUGCUCUACUACUACUACUACUACUACUUCUACUUCUACUACUACUACUACUACUACUACUACUACUACUACUACUACUACUACUACUACUACUACUACUACUACUACUACUACUACUAUUUCUUCUGCUACCACCACCACAACCUACUACUACUACUACUCUAUUACUACUACUACUACUACUACCACUACUACUACUACUACUACUACUACUACUACUACUACUACUACUACUACUACUACUACUACUACUACUACUUCUACUACUACUCUACUACUACUACUACUACUACUACUACUACUAUUUCUUCUGCUACCACCACCACCAUUCACAGUGACAAAAAACGUAUUCACACAAUGGCUGCUACUACAACUUAUAGCCCAUAUAGGUGGGCAUGCAUGUUUAUGCCCCCCUUCGAAGAAGAGGGGGUAUAUUGCUUUGCUCAUGUCGGUCUGUCGGUCCGUCCACCAGGUGGUUGUCAGACGAUAACUCAAGAACGCUUGGACCUAGGAUCAUGAAACUUCAUAGGUACAUUGAUCAUGACUCGCAGAUGACCCCUAUUGAUUUUGAGGUUACUAGGUCAAAGGUCAAGGUCACCGUGACCAGAAAUAGUAAAAUGGUUUUUGAAUGAUAACUCAAGAACGUAUACGCCUAGGAUCAUGAAACUUCAUGGGUAGAUUGAUCAUGACUUGCAGAUGACCCCUAUUGAUUUUGAGGUCACUAGGUCAAAGGUCAAGGUCACGGUGACCCGAAAUAGUAAAAUGGUUUCCGGAUGAUAACUCAAUAACGCAUACGCCUAGGAUCAUGAAACUUCAUGGGUAGAUUGAUCAUGACUCGCAGAUGACGUGCGUUUUAAACAUUCAGCAUGUUGUCCGCUCUCUAAUUCAAGUAGUUUUCAUCCGAUCUUCACCAAACUUGGUCAGAAGUUGUAUCUAGAUGAUGUCUAGGCCAAGUUCGAACAUGGGCCUUGCCGGGUCAAAAACUAGGUCACGGGGUCACUUAGUACAUUUUACAUAUUGAGCAUGGUGUCUGUUCUCUAUUUCAAGUUGUUUAAAUCCGAUCCUCACCACACUGGGUCAAAAGUUGUAACUAGAUGAUGUGUAGGUCAAGUUUGAACAUGGGCCAUGCUGGGUCAAAAACUAGGUCAGGGGGUCACUUAGUGUGUUUUAAACCUCACUACGUUGUCCGCUCUCUAAUUCAAGUAGUUUUUAUCCAAUCUUCACCAAAAUUGGUCAGAAGUUGUAUCUUGAUAAUGUCUAGAGCAAGUUUGAAUAUGGGUCAUGCCAGGUCAAAAACUAGGUCACGGGGUCACUUAGGGCGUUUUAAACAUCACAAUAUUUUCCGCUCUCUAAUUCAAGUAGUUUUCAUCUGAUCUUCACCAAACUUGGUCAGAAGUUGUAUCUAGAUGAUCUUAAGGCCAAGUUCGAACAUGGGCCUUGCCGGGUCAAAAACUAGAUCACGGGUUCACUUAGUGCGUUUUAAACAUUCAGCAUGUUGUCUGCUCUCUAAUUUAAGUAGUUUUCAUCCGAUCUUCACCAAACUUGGUCAGAAGUUGUAUCUAGAUGAUCUUAAGGCCAAAUUCGCACAUGGGCCUUGCCGGGUCAAAAACUAUGUCACGGGGUCACUUAGUACGAAUUACACAUUGAGCAUGGAUUCCGCUCUCUAUUUCAAGUAGUUUAAAUCCGAUCUUCACCACACUUGGUCAGAAGUUGUAACUAGAUGAUGUGUAGGUCAAGUUCGAACAUGGGCCAUGCCGGGUCAAAAACUAGGUCACGGGGUCACUUAGUGUGUUUUAAACCUCACCAUGUUGUCCGCUCUCUAAUUCAAGUAGUUUUUAUCUAAUUGUCACCAAAAUUGGUUAGAUAUUGUAUCUUGAUCAUGUCUAUAGCAAGUUUGAAUAUGGGUCAUUCCGGAUCAAAAACAAGGUCACGGGGUCACUUAGGGCGUUUUAAACAUCAAAAUGUUGUCCGCUCUCUAAUUCAAGUAGUUUUCAUCCAAUCUUCACCAAACUUGGUCAAAAGUUUUAUCUAGAUGAUGUCUAGGUCAAGUUUGAAUAUGGGUCAUGCCAGGUCAAAACUAGGUCACGGAGUAUCUUAGUGCAUUUUAAACCUCACCAUGUUGACAGCUCUCUAAUUCAAGUAGUUUUCAUCCAAUCCUCACCAAACUUGGUCACAAGUUUUAUCUAAAUGAUCUCUAGGACAAGUUUGAACAUGGACCAUUUCGGGCCUAAAACUAGGUCACGGGGUCACUUAGUGCGUUUUUUAACAUUCAUCAUGGUGUCUGCUCUCUAAUUCAAGUAGUUUACAUCCGAUCUUCACCAAACUUGGUCAGAAGUUUUAUGGAGAUGAUCUUAAGGCCAAGUUAGGACAUGGGCCUUUCUGGGUCAAUAACUAGGUAAAGGGGUCACUUAGUGCGUUUUAAAAAUUGAGCAUGGUGUCCGCUGUUUUUUGUGAAGACGACAUGCAAAAUAUGAUGUGUCAAUGUGGCAUGUGGGGGUAUUCGUCACGUCUGUGACAAAGAUCUAGUAUUUUUAGAAAUUAAUCUCACAAAAUGGUCCAGAUCUAGGUACUAAAUCUUUCAGCUGUGAUAAUCAGUUGUAAAUAGGUUUUUAACUCGGCUGUUUUCAGAGAAAACCCAAGGUAUUGUCAUAGCCAGCUCGUCUGCUGUGCUAAAUCCUUGACAUUUGCUCUAAAAUCAAAGUGCUUCCACCUACAACUUUUAAACUUCAUAUGUAGAUGCACUUUGAUGAGUUCUACACUUCAACCCAUUUUUGUGUCACUAGGUCAAAGGUCAAGGUCACUGUGACCUCUUAAAUUAAAAAAGAAAUCUAACAAGCUUUCAUUUAUUCAAAACUGCACCAGCAGCCGAGCGUUGGCUCCCGUUAUGCCAUGCUCUUGUUAUACAAUUAAUAUUUAUGUAAGUUGCUUAUUGUUAUGAUGCUUUAAUGCUUUAAUAAAGUGUGCGUACUGUUAUAAAAUAAUUAUUUUUUUAUAAAUAUGUGUAUGAAUUUGUGUUUUUCUAUUGCAAUGUUUGUGUGUUUAUUUAUAGUUGUAGAUAUCCCAUUAAGAAUAAACUUGUAUUGAUCUUUAUGAUGUCUGUAUUAGCAUAACAAUAUAAACUGAUAUGAAUUGUAUUGAAACUGCUAUACAACAGUCUAUAACUAUUAUGAGGGAGUUUUGAUGAAUAUAUCGUUGUAAUUAUAUGUAGUCUAUCUUAAUCCUUUGUAUUAGGCUUCAAAAAAGCAAAUACACAUAUCAGGGUGGAUUAUGUUUUUGGAACCCAAAGCAUCUGGAUGACUUCUGGAAGCAUUUCCUCUGUUUUAGAGCCUUUAUGUAUUGUUCUAGAGUGUAUAUCAGUAAUUUUAUCGCUCUUGAUUUGCGCAAGCUGUUAAUUUUAAGUUUUCAGCAGUUUUGAAUGCAUGCGAGUUAUUUAUUCUUUUGAAUAAAACUUUUAGAAUAUUCAUGUUUUCCUGAGCGUAUGUUUGUAUAAACAAUUGUAUUAAAACGUAUAAUAACUGUUAAAGAAAUAAUGUAUUUUAAUUUUAUUUUAAAAUAUGAUGUCCCAUUAUUUUGUCUAAUAUGGUGAUGUUUACCUUGGGCAGGGUUCUCUGAAGUUUAACUAACAGUGUUUUGUAUAUUGUGCUUGUUCUGAAUUAAGCGAUUUCGGUAUGAUUGGUUUAUAAUUUAUUUUACCUGGAUUUUUGUGAUAAUUUGUGUGAAGGCAUGAACAUGAUAAAAAAAAACACAAUGUCAUUAGAUUUACUUUCAUUCCGGUUAUGUAUAUACCAUAUAUAAUUGCCCAACUGUUCUAUCUUGAGGUGAACUGUCGUGAUUACUUCAGAAAAUUGUAUCGAGUUAGAAUCACUACUUCAAAAGUUCCAUCUCUCAAUGCAUGAGUUUGUAUUAAUAUACAACAAUGUACUGGCUUUGCUAAUCAAGAUAUAUUUGUAAUAAUAAAAAACCUUUUAAUUA